AUGUCUUCGAAUAUUUGUGAUUCAGAUUGGCAAUCGAAUGGAUGUAAAACAAAAAUCGAUUCAGAUGAAGCAAGGUACGUUUGGACGAUUGAAGAUUUCGAUUUUCACGAGGCCAAAGGCGAACGAUUAUAUUCACCUCCGUUUUCAUCUGUCAAGGAUAAUCAAGUUAAAUGGUACUUGGGACUUUAUCCUAACGCCGAAAUCGAUACAAAAGAUCAUGUCAGUUUGUUCAUCUUUCUGAGUAAACUCAGCAGUUUGGAAAAAAGCAAAAAAAUAUUCGCGAAAGCUACAUUUCUUAUUUUAAAUAGCGAAAAUGAAGAAAAAUUCAAGAAAUCUCUCGACAUUAUGGAAUUCUCACAUCCAGACAUUGAGAACUCUGGUUGGGGCAUCAAAAAAUUCAUUAAAAAAGAUGCCAAGUUCAGAAACAAGUUACUUUCAAACAAUAACACAUUGACGAUUCGCUGUGAAGUGAAGUUUUCUGAUAUGAGCAGUGUUCAUCAUGGUGGUAGUGGCAUUGAAAUGCCCGAAUGUGACCUCUCUGAAAACUUUGCAGCAUUAAUUAAAAACCAUACGUUAACGGACGUUGUCCUUUCCGUGAAUGGUAAAGAUUUUCCUGCCCACAAGACUGUAUUGGUUGCUCGUAGUCCAGUUUUCUGCGCCAUGUUCAAACACCACACGAAAGAAAACGAGCUGAAUCGUAUAGACAUUGAGGAUAUUAACGAAACAGUCGUGGAAGGAAUGUUGAAUUACAUUUACACCGGAAAAUGUGAUGAUUUAGACGAAUUAGCCGAAGGAUUAUUGGCAGCAGCCGAUAAAUACGAUUUGGGUCGAUUGAAAAUUAUGUGUGCAAAGAAAUUAAUCGAAGGAUUGUCAGUCGAGAAUGCAGCAAAUGUUCUUGUAUUGGCAGAUAUGCACCACCAAGAAGAUCUGAAACGUGGAGCGAUCAAGUUUAUUGUAGCCAACUUUACUCAAGUCUUCAUCACCGCAGCUUGGCAAAAUAUGCUUUUAUCGAGUCCUCAGUUGACGAAUGAAGUUCGCCAAGCCAUUGCUCGUAUGUAA